AUGGCCGCGGGGGCCUUUCGCGCUGAGGGGAGGGGAAAUCUCUCGUCUCCUGACUUGCCAUUAGGUGGCCAACUCGAUUUCGCAAUCAAAGGCGGCGGCGUUGAUGGUGGUGCAGAGCGAGUCAGCACAGCUGGCAUAGGAAGAACACGAUGCGGAUCACCGACCGCUAAACCCAAUGACGAUAGCCCCCCCCCCCACUUAGAUUUUGGGCAGGAAAUCUCGUUCUGGCGACCUCCUUCGAGACAUACUCUGAAUAGACAGCAAUUCGUGGCCGCCGGCGGUAUAAACGUAAACCGGCUUGCUCGAGGCGCUUGCAUGGGAGGUGCUACCCCCAGAGCUGCUGCCCUCCCCCUUCCCCUUACGAGAUGGUGGCGCACGCACGCUAUCAGAAGCAGGAAGAAAGGCUGCAGUGGGUGGGGCAUUAGAGGGAGAUGCCAUUGGCGGAAUGUUGCUGAUGGCGAUGGUGGAGAAACCAGGCAAGGAGCACAGAUGUCCGAGCAGCACGAGGACCUACCUACCUACCUAUUCGAGCAGUGCCUUCGAUCCAUGAUCCCACAGCAAAAAAAUUCGUUUCAGUGA